ACACUAAAACCCCAUAAGCGGAAGAGUGUUUUUUUUACUUAUUUGUUCUAUACUAAUUUUCGCGAUGGAGCAGCUACAGAUCUAGACGUUUGUUAGUAAAUAAUGUCAGAACGGCAUAAUUGAUAUUAUUUUAAAGGCAUAUUAAGGAUAUCGAUAUCGUGCUAACUGUGUCAUCUUCAUACAGUUUCCCGAAUGCAACUGAACUGCAGACUAGUGUUGGAAAAAUAUCGAUAAGGUUUUAUAUCCAAUAAAUAAACAAUAUGAGCGCAAAAAUUCUCCACACCUUUUUGUUUGGUAACGUCUCUAAUGAAACUUUUUUGUUUGAAGGUUAAGAGAAUCAGCUUAAUGUUUAAAUUGGAUGUUUUAUGAUGGACUCAUUUAAUUUAUUUCAGUCUAUCACAAAUAAUAGAUCAAAGCACACAUAAAAUUCGCGAAUCUUUUUAAUUUUUUAAAAUUUUAAAAGCGGCAUUCAAAUUAAAUUGAAAUGAGAUUUUUAUUAUUGUUUAUAGUUUUCGUAAUUGCCGACGAAGUUUAUUAUGAUAACCGGUAUAAUUAUUUCGAUAUUGAUCAUUUUGUGCACAAUACGCGUCUUUUGAGAAAAUAUAUAGAUUGUUUUUUGAGCAAGGGACCUUGUACUCCUAUUGGAAAAGCAUUUAAGGCACACGUAUUGAGAAUGGCACCCACAUUAUCGACCACUCAAAAGAUUGGAGUAGCCUUGGCGCUUUUUGUGGUGCUACCUCCAAAAAAAAGGAAAAGGAGAUACUGGGUGAAGAAAUGGCUACAGAAAAGAAUAAUAAUACCUGAAGUAAUCCGGACGGCGUGCGUCAAAUGCUCUCCUUCACAAAAACGUUUGGCGCGCAGAACGUUCGAGGCUUUUAGAAAACACGUACCAGAUGGCUACGCUGAACUCCGACAGAGAUUGGACCCACAAAAUAAGUAUUAUGCAAGAUUUGAACUUGCUGUGUCAAGAGCUUGA